AUGACCGCCGAAGCGCCUCACCCGCCGAGCUGUUGCAUCGGCAGCAGCAGCAGCGCCAGUCCGUUGCACAACCUCUCCGCCUCCAUAAACUCGCUCCUCUUCCUCUGGCUCCUCUUGUCGCCCGCCGCGCAUGCGCUCCCCCAAGGAACAAAUCCCGCCCCAGGCACCAGCACCAGCACCAGCAGCGAUGACGAGAACAACAACGGCGAUUCGGAUUCCUCGCUGACGCGCGACGGCCUGCUCAACCUGUACUUCCUCUUCAUCGCCAUCGUCGUCAUCCUGCUCGUCGUCGCGCUCCUCCUACUGCACCGCCGCAAGAAGCGCAGAAAGGCCAUGAUGCGCAACUACGGUCAGUCAGCGCUGGCGCAAGACAUCAACGGCCACCACCACAACAACAACAACACCUCGCGCUGGCUCCCCGGGCCUGGUCGCUGGAUGAUGGGCGGAGCUGGAGCAUCGGGAACCCACCGCGCGCCCGAGGAAGGGCUCAACGAACGCGGCGAGGCGCCGCCGCCCUACAACCAGCCGCCAGGCGGUCCGCCGCAGCCAGCCUACGCCCCCGGUGCGAGCUACGUCGCUAUGCCGCCACCGCUGCCGCCCGGCUGGCAGAGUGACGCUGGACUGACGAUUCCGAUGCGCACCCUGUCGCGCGACACGCAGGGAAACAAGCCGCCCGACUACCAAGAGACGCUGGCCGGUCCUGGCGCCGAAGGUGGACCGCCGCCGCCGCAGAUGAUGACUGACAAUUCGGUCAGCGCAAACAGCUCGACGGGAAAUCUGCUCAGGCACGGCGGCCCGAACCAAGGCGAAACCCAGCGCUGA